CAAGGUUUUUCGUCGUCCUCUACCGAAAUCGGCUCAACGCAAAGGCAUGCACAUUUCCGCUUACUUUGACGACUUUGCUCAUCAUCGCACGAGACUCUGUCACUUCCCAAACGUCACAUCCAACUGGUUUUACGCAAACUCUAUUCUGUCGGAUUUUUAGUCAAAGACACCAAAUCCAGCCUCACGCCUUCGCAGACUAUCAACGCCUCAGCUUCAACAUCGACAACCGCAACAUGUGCAUAUAUCUUCCACCCAGCAAGAUUCGAGACUUACGUCGCGAAGCUUUCCGCUUGAUCCGUCGUCCCCAAUGCAGCAAUCUGUAAAUUGGCUUGCUUACUCUUGCGGUUUUUCCUGUGUGUCUCAUAACACCUCAUUUAAUUUCCGCCAAGAACAUGCCUGUGCGACGCUGUCUGUCCUGGUCAUCCCGAAUCCAUCUCCCCGACACGGCUCUCCAAAAACUCACAAUGGUGGACAGAUAGCCUUUGAGCCUGGAAUGGCCUCAGCUGUCUGCCAACCUCCCUCCAACAUAAAGUCUUUACAGACGCCCCCGAUCAGGUUGGCGGAUAGUCACGGCGAACACCACCUGGCACGGCCUAGCUUCACCAACCGUCAGCAACACAUCAACUGGAAGGAGCUAACUAUUGUCUUCACACGGGUACUUGUCUCCAAAUGUCUUAUGUACCAUCGAGUCAAUCCGGCCGACGACCCCUUGCGCCAAAUGAUGCAACAACCCAAAUGGACGAUCAGUCACUCCGGUCUCGAAUGAAAUGACAGGCUCCACUCGAGCCGUUCGUGCUGCUUGUUGUAAUCCAACAUGAUCAGUUACAUAUCCGACACGGCCCGUCACCAAUUCGACCUCUCAUUUGACCUGGAAUAAUGUCC